AUGGCUCUGAGGUCUCUGGAUAAUGCUCUCCCAACAACACCGGAAAGGCCCAAAAAGCAAGCGAAAGUUGCAGUUUCAAUUCAGAAACAGUCUGAUUUUGGUGUGAAUGAUGAGAACAAAGCUCCAUUGCCACCAACUGCAGAUGCCACCAUUGACUACAUCUCUUUUGAGAAUCUUAAAGCCAUGUCUGACCGAGAAACCCAGAUAACUGGUUUGACUAAGGGAUUGGAUUCCAAGGAUUGGGCCAAGGUGUGUGAAUCUCUAAACGACGCUAGGCGGUUUGCGUUGUAUCAUUCCGCUCUGAUGGCACCGAUCUUGUAA